CAAGCCCGUUAGAAAAUUGUAUAAAAUGUCGAAUUCAUGGCUAAAGGUCCUUCUUCUUCUGGGAGUAAGUUUAGGUGUAGUGUAUGGUGAAUUUGAAGUGCACAACAUUACCCAGUGGUUAGACCAUACAGAUCCCAACAACACAGAAACAUGGGAGAACAGAUACUGGAUCGAUAAUAGUUCGUACACACCUGGUGGACCAAUUUUCCUCUAUGUCGGAGAUAUGUCUUUCUUCUUUACGGAAUUUCGACUCAAUUCCAGCCAUUUUGUCGAUCUUGCUCGAGAAUAUGAAGCUCUUAUCGUAGCAACGGAGCAUAGAUUUUAUGGUGAAAGUCGACCUACUCCCAAUGUUAGUCUCGAAAGUUUGCAGUUCUUGAAUACGGAACAGGCUCUUGGUGACCUUGCAACAGUGAUUACCUUUAUCCGGAAUUCUAGUGAAGAGUUGGCUGAUGCCAAAGUGAUUGCAGCUGGAUCUGGACAUGGUGCAGCUCUAGCCGUUUGGCUCAGACAAUCUCGUCCGGAUCUCGUUGAUGGUGUGUGGUCGUCAAGUGCGAGGAUGCAUACCAUGAUAGAUUUUUCUGAUUUUGGAACUAAUACUGCCAUUUCGAUAAGGAUCUACGGAGGGAUGACCUGCUACGAGAACUUAGCGUCAGCUUUUGAAGACAUGGAACAUUUAUUCGCGAAUGGCAGCUACGAAAUCCUCCGGGAUAGUUUGAUGCUAUGCGAUACUGAACAUGGGAUUGAAGGAAAUUACGCAGCAGAUCUUCUCUUUGGGCAAAUGGCUGCGGCUGUUGGUACUUCAAUUCAGAGUUUCCAUGCGGCUGCUUUUACCAAUCUCUGUGGUGAUCUUGCAAAUGGUACCACGCCUUUCCACGGGCUUUCUGAUUGGGUGACGAAUAGAAUUUACCCUGAAUUUGGAUGCAUGAUGAUUGACUAUACUCAGUUUUUGGACUUUAUCUAUGAGGUCGAUUGGGAUGCAGAUUCUGUAGCUUGGGGUGUCCGUCAACAGUUGUAUCAAUCUUGUACUGAAUACGGUUGGGCUAGGACAUCAAGUGGAGACGAUCAUCCAUUUGGGGAUCGAUUCCCCAUUGAUUUCUAUAUAACCCAGUGCGAAGAUCUCCUCAACGGAACGAUGACUAAGGAGGAAAUGAUAGCAAGUAUUGAAAGGACCAAUGAGAUUCAUGGAGGACUCACACCAAAUGUGACGAACGUUUACUUUACGAAUGGGAACCUGGAUCCUGAAAGGACCCUUUCGGUUCAACAGGACUUGAACGAAGACGCGGUUGCUGAUAAUAUUUCGUUCUUUGGUUUUGCUGCUGAUUGGUUCACUAUGGAUGUGACUGUUUACGAAGGGUUGAGGUACGUUCAGAAUCGCGUUAGGACCCUUAUUGGUCAGUGGAUUGAGCACGAAGUGGAGAUCCCUACGACAACUGAACCGCCAACAGAUACUACAACAAUAUCAGUAACUGAAGUUUACUGAAAUAAAUGAUCCUUGAUCCUAAAA